CCAGCGCGCGCGCCCGCGCCCGCGCCCAGCAACUCGUCAUGGCGGCGCAGACCCGCGCCCUGGUGUCGGCCCAGUGGCUGGCGGAUGCUCUGUGUAGCAACCUCGUCGGGCCCAAACUUCGCGUUCUGGACUCUUCGUGGUACCUGCCGAAAAUGAAGCGGGACCCGAGGGCGGAAUUCGCGCAGAAGCACAUCCCGGGCGCCUCCUUCUUCGACAUCGACGACUGCCGCGACAAGAGCUCCGCGGCGGAUCACAUGCUGCCGACGUGCGGCCACUUCUCCCGGUACGCCGGGGACCUGGGCAUCGGGAACGGCACGCACGUAGUCGUGUACGACACCAGCGACCUCGGGUCGUUCUCUGCGCCCCGCGUUUGGUGGAUGUUCCGGCUGUUCGGACACGGGUCGGUGUCGGUGCUGGACGGCGGCAUGAGGAGCUGGCUGGCCGGAGGUCACCCGGUGACUUGUGACGACACCGAGCCGGAGCGCGCGGAGUUCGAGGCGACGCUGAACCCGUCGUGGGUGAAGAGCUACGAGGACGUGUUGGAGAACAUCCGCACCGGGAAAGUCCAGGUGGUGGAUGCCAGGUCCGCAGGGAGGUUCAGGGGAACCGAGCCGGAGCCCAGAGAAGACACGCUGCCGGGACACAUCCCUGGUGCGAUCAACAUGCCGUUCACUUCUUUCCUGGAUGCCUCUGGCAAGGAGCUGAGAGCCGAGGGCCUGUCAAAACUGUUCCGAGAGGCGGGGGUGGACCUGGGCCAACCGCUCUGGGCUUCCUGUGGCUCCGGUGUCACAGCGUGUCAUGUGGUUCUGGCAGCUCACCUGCUCGGGCACCCUGGGGUGUGUGUUUAUGAUGGAUCCUGGUCGGAAUGGUUUAAAAGGGCAUCGCCGGAGCAUAUCAUCUCAGAGGGGGAGGGAAAUAAGUGCGAAUAGAGUUGGAUGGAACAUCCACAAGGGAAAGCAGUGUUCUCGAUGCCGAGAAGGAUAGAUCCCGACUAUGAAACAGUCUCAUAGAGCACUUUUCUACUAACACGGAGGAGAUAGUUCAUGCUGCAAAAUGCUGCGCACAGAGUGAACUUGUAAUAAAUCUUCUCUACUUAUGCAAAUGAUCUGGGAUGUAGGGUUCUGUGAAUUAUAUUUUCCUUGACGAUGUAUUGAUGAAAUUUUUUACUAACUUUUCAAUAAAUGUUGAGGCUGCUUGGUUAUUCUUUAAA